AUGUCUGCAAAGCAUUUCAUCGAUGAUCCGACGCACCUCGUGCAGACUGCUCUCCAUAGCUUGACCCUUAUAAACCCGUCGGUCGCAUUCGACGCACAAAACCGAAUUGUGUAUCGACGACCAACAAAGGAGUUGACAGACAACCCAAAGGUCUCCAUUAUCACUGGUGGAGGCUCUGGCCACGAACCAGCAUUCGCAGGCUUUGUAGGAAAGGGUUUCGUCACAGCCGCUGUUGCAGGCACGAUUUUCGCGAGUCCCUCCGCCGAGCAAGUUCGUCGUGCCGCUCUUACAAGAGUACCCACCGAGAAAGGAGUUGCCAUAGUCACGUUCAACUACACCGGGGAUGUCUUGAACUUUGGUAUGGCUGCCGAGAAGGCCAAGGCUGCGGGAGUCGACACCGAGUUCUAUGCAAUCGGUGACGAUGUAGGUGUUGGCCGGGCAAAAGGAGGCAAAGUCGGCAGAAGAGGCAUUGGUGGCUCCAUUUUGGUUCUCAAGAUAAUAGGAGCUCUCGCCGAGGCUGGUGGAAGUUUGAAAGAAGUUUACAACCUUACCAAACAAGUUGCCGCAAACCUUGUGUCUGUCGGAGCGUCAAUGGAACACGUCCACGUUCCCGGACGAGAGAAGCCUGAUCCAAACUCCGACGAGUUCAUACCGACGGAGGAGAUUGAAAUCGGCAUGGGCAUCCACAACGAGCCGGGCAGUCAUCGUGUCUCCGCAACACUACCUGAACUCGUCAAGACCAUGCUGGGGCAAAUGCUGGAUCCCAAUGACAAGGACAGGCAUUACGUUGACAUCAAGAAAGGUGACAAGACAGUGCUGCUGAUAAACAAUCUAGGUGGUGUCAGUAAUUUGGAAAUAGGCGGCAUCUUGGCUGAAGUGCACAAACAACUCAAAGAAGACUGGGGCAUUGUUCCUGUUCGAGUGAUCGCCGGUACCUUCAUCACCUCGCUCAACGGCCUGGGAUUUUCGGCAUCUAUACUGAAGCUGGAGGACACGGGCUUGGGACCAGGCAAAUCGAUGCUCGAACUUCUUGACGCCCCGGCGGAGGCCUUUGGAUGGGCUGCCGCCACCCGGACGUCCACCUGGGAGGCUGACAACUCCGCGACCAUGGAGGGUCAUGCAGCGGUUACAGCAGAAGGCAAAUCUUCUAAUCUGAAACUCGACCCCGGUAAAGCGCAUGCAGCCCUCAAAGCCGGCCUGGACAAGAUGAUCGCUGCAGAAGCAGAAGUGACCAAAUACGACACGAUCAUUGGAGACGGUGACUGCGGAAUUGGACUGAAGCGAGGAGCCGAAGCUGUCCUGAAGGAGCUUUCAUCUGGCGAGCUUCCUGCCGACGCUGUUGCCUUUGUCAAUAAAAUCACACCCGUGGUUGAAAACACCAUGGACGGCACGUCGGGUGCCAUCUAUGCCAUCUUCCUCAAUGCGCUGGCUCACGGACUGCGAGAACAAGAUACUGAAUCAUCCACGACCGUGGACGCCAAAGUUUGGGCUGCAGCCCUCAAGUCCAGCCUUCAGGCGUUGGGUAAAUAUACGCCAGCUGUGCCUGGUGAUAGGACGCUGAUGGAUGCGCUCGUCCCAUUUGUUGAGACGCUGAGCAGCACAGGAGACGUGAAGAAGGCGGCAGAGGCGGCCAAAGAGGGCGCGGAGAAGACUAAAAGCAUGAAGGCCAGCUUAGGAAGAGCUGUGUACGUCGGGGCGGAGGAUGAGUGGAUGGGCAAGAUCCCCGAUCCGGGGGCUUGGGGUUUGCAAGAGUUUUUGAUCGGGCUGGCUGGUGCCUGUUGA